AUGAUUAGAGAAGUAAAGUUAAUCAAGGAUAUUCAAGCUCAACAAAGAGGUUGGACAGUAAAAGUGGUGGUUAUUGAGAAAGCAAUGCCACGAGUUUCUAAAUCAAGUCCAAACAAAUAUCAAAGGUUAAUCUUAGCUGAUGAAGAAGGUAAUAAGAUCCAGGCCACAAUAUAUGGUGGAGACAUCCACAUCUUCCGAGACACACUCAUAAUUGGGAAAAAUUAUUAUAUUUCUAAUGCUUGGGUUAAAGAAAUUGGUGCACAAUAUCAGAUUGUUCAAAAUAAUUUGCAAUGGACUAUAAAUGGUCGAACCAUUGUGGAAGAAGUGAUUGAAGAUUCAGAGAUAAUUGUGCCUGCUGUUUACAACUUUGUUCCGUUCUCACGACUACACACUUAUAUUGAUUCUCUAUCCCACGUCGAUGUGAUUGGAAUAGCGAUUGAAAUCAAGCCAAAAAAAGAGAUAAUCACGAAUGAUGGCUUAGAGAUUGUCCAAGAGAUGACUUUGAUGAAUGAUAAUAUGGAUACUGUGAUGCUCACCAUGUGGAACCAAUUUGUGAACAAUGAAUGUACUCAAAUUUUGAAUAUUAUGAAUAGAAAACCAAUCAUAAUUGGAUGUCGACUUAAAGUUAGCUCAUAUAAUGGUAUCUCGCUUUCAACCAAAUCCUCCAGUUCAUUUGUUAUUGAACCGGAGAUACCACAAGCAGCUGCUUUAUCAAUUUGGUAUAAUGCUAAUGCUGAAAAAGCCAUGGACAUAAUAUGUGGAAGGAUUGGUCUUGAGACAAAGUCACUGUCUACACUUCCUUCUGCUGAGGACAUCAUUACCAUUAAGAUGAUAGAUAAUCAACUUGAUACGAGGAGAAGCUUUUGGAUCAAUGGUCACAUCAAAGUGACAAAUUUGAUUCAACCUUUUUGGUACUUAAGCUGUGAAAAAUGCACAAAAGCAACUGGAUAUGAAUUUGAACAGAGGUUUAACUGCUUGUAUUGCAGACAUGAUCAAGUUAAAGCUAUGCCAAGGUGCCGAGUCAUUGUUGAUUUGAUAGAUGAGUCUUCAUCAUUGAAUGCUACAUUGUUCAGAAAUCAAGCUGAAAAUUUUCUUGGUUGCACUGCAUAUGAGUUGAUGAAUAAAUCUGAUGGGGUAAUAUAA